AUGAUUUAUGGGCUCCAGUUGCCUGUAUUCUGUGUGCUGAUAGCAUCUGUGGGGGGCCAGGACAGCCAUGGGGCUGGGGUGGUGGAGGGCUCCUGCAGGCUUGUUUGUGAUCCACUCCCCUCCCUGGCAAGUGGCCAUGCAUUAGGGGUACACGGGCUGGUCAUACCCCUCUCAUCUAAAGGGAGUAAGGGGAUUCCAGGCAUUGCAGGGCCUCCAGGAAAGGCUGGGCCACCUGGUCCCCCAGGACCUCGAGGACAGGCCUCCUCUACACGGAGUCCAGUGGCCUUUUAUGUGGCACUCAAGGAGGAAUUCUCCACAGAUGAAAUACUAAAGUUUACAGAUGUGGUGACUAACUUGGGUCAGGCAUAUGAGCCCUCCAGUGGUAAGUUUACCUGUCCAACGACUGGUGUCUAUUUCUUCAGCUUCCAUAUAGUGAAGACUGGCCGAAGGCUGUGGGCUGACCUUAUGGUGAAUAAGGAGGUUGUGGCCAGUGCUACAGCCUUGGAUGUGAUGCACACAGACACAGCAGCCAACAGUGCAGUGCUGAAGCUGAAGACGGGGGACCAGGUUUAUGUUAAACUGGAUGGGAGUGACAAAACCCUGCAGGACACCAAUAACAGAUACAGCACCUUUUCAGGCUACCUGGUGAAUGAGAACUGA